GACUUGCCCCUCAGUUCCCCAACCAAGACCGCCAUCAUUCUGUUCUGCCAUAAAGAGCAUCCCGGAUAUUGCCCCCCAUGGCCCCUGUACCUCCAGGGGACACCACCCUGGCCCCACCUGUUCCUGCAGCCCCCAACUUCCCACCCACGCCCUGGGCCAUCCACCAGGCCAGAGCUGAGGCUCCGUUGCAACCGGGUCCGGACCCUCCUGCCACCUUUUGUGCUCCUAGGACCCCCUGAGAGGGUGCGGUGAACGGGGGGCGGGCUGGAGCCCCUGAGAGUGAGGGGAAGCGCUUUGUACAUGAAGAACCAAACUCUAUAAUUUAGAGGAGAAUUUCCGGGGCAAUUCCAUUGUGAGGCCGGGUUUAUGGUGUGCAAUAGAGCUAAGCAGUAAAAGGCGUACUGACCUGUCGGCCAGGCUUCCAGCUCGGCCUGGGCAGUUUAUGAGGCAUUUAGGGGAAGUCCUCACCCCACCGCCCUCCAAGGAGCGGCGAGAAGCGGCCAGGGGCUUUGGCCGUUCCAACCCUGCCCAGGGGUUGGAGGCUUGGGAAGGCUGCUGCGGGCCCCGCAGAGCGAGACCACCUGUGAGGGCUGCGGAGAUUGGCGGAGGCGAUCAUGUGGGCGGUCACGUGCUGCGGCGAGCUCCGUCCAAAAGAAAAUGGGGUUUGGUGUAAAUCUGGGGGUGUAAUGUUAUCAUAUAUCACGCUACCUCGUAAAACCGACACUGAAAGCUGCCGGACAACAAAUCACAGGUCAAAAUUAUGAGUUCUUCGUAUUAUGUGAACGCUCUUUUUAGCAAAUAUACGGCGGGGGCUUCUCUGUUCCAAAAUGCCGAGCCCACUUCUUGCUCCUUUGCGCCCAACUCGCAGAGAAGCGGCUACGGGGCGGGCGCCGGCGCCUUCGCUUCGACCGUACCGGGCUUGUACAAUGUCAACAGCCCCCUGUAUCAGAGCCCUUUCGCGUCCGGCUACGGCCUGGGAGCCGAUGCCUACGGCAACCUGCCUUGUGCCUCCUACGACCAAAACAUCCCCGGACUCUGCAGUGACCUCGCCAAAGGCGCCUGCGACAAGGCGGACGAAGGCGCGCUGCACGGUCCGGCCGAGGCCAAUUUCCGCAUCUACCCCUGGAUGCGGUCUUCAGGGCCUGACAGGAAGCGGGGCCGCCAGACCUACACGCGCUACCAGACGCUGGAGCUGGAGAAGGAGUUCCACUUCAACCGCUACCUGACCCGGCGCCGCCGCAUCGAGAUCGCCCACGCGCUCUGCCUCACCGAGCGCCAGAUCAAGAUCUGGUUCCAGAACCGCCGCAUGAAGUGGAAGAAAGAGCAUAAAGACGAGGGGCCAGCCGCAGCCGCAGCCCCCGAGGGCCCGGCGCCCGCCGCGGCUGCCUCUGCCACUGCGGCGGACAAGGCGGACGACGAGGACGAGGACGAAGAGGACGAGGAGGAGGAGGAGGAAUGAAGGGGGCCCAGCCCGGCCCUUGGCUGCACCAGACAGUCAGGAAAGCGUCUUUAGAGACUCACCGAUUUUAUUUACAAAAGUGGAAAAAUAAAAAGGAAAUGUAAAAAA